CCCUGAAAAAAAGCAAAAAGAAAGAGCCCAUCGCUGCAGAAACUGACUGGGCCACGUGCCCCUGUCCAAGUAUUCUCUGCGCCGAUGAGCGAAUCCACUCCACCAGCCAAAGCGGACUUAGUCGGAUACUUUCCUUAUAUGGCUCCUGCUGCUUCAGUACGGUUUUGAAACCUCAGUUUGUCUCUUAUAAUCGAUCGAAGCGUUCAUCACCAAACAAUUUUCUCUUCCGAAGAUCGAGUUAGGGCUAAAAAACAUAGACAUGGGGAGAGGGAAGAUCGUGAUUAGGAGAAUCGACAAUUCGACGAGCAGGCAGGUAACUUUCUCCAAACGAAGAAACGGUCUGCUGAAGAAGGCGAAGGAACUUGCAAUCCUAUGCGAUGCUGAGGUAGGAGUCAUGAUCUUCUCGAGCACUGGCAAGCUCUACGACUUCGCCAGCACAAGCAUGAAAUCAGUAAUAGAACGAUACGGCAAAGCUAAGGAGGAACAUCAUCAACUUGGAGGUUCAACCUCUGAAGUAAAGUUUUGGCAAAGGGAGGCAGCAAUGUUGAGGCAACAGUUGCAGAACUUGCAAGAGAGUCACCGGCAAAUAAUGGGAGAAGAACUUUCAGGUUUGACUGUCAAAGAAUUACAGAGUUUAGAAAGCCAGUUGGAAAUUAGCCUUCGAGGUGUCCGUCUAAAAAAGGAUCAACUUUUAAUGGAUGAAAUACAGGAAAUAAACCGAAAGGGAAACCUCUUGCGUCAAGAAAAUGUGGAAUUGCACAAGAAGGUAAACCUAAUUUGUCAAGAAAACAAGGAAUUAAAAAAGAAGGUCUAUGGAAUAAGAGAUGGAAAUGGAGCAAACAGAAAUUCUAUUCUCACGGAUGGCCUAGGCAUAGGGGAGAAUUCGCAUGUGCCAGUGAAUCUCCAGCUUAGCCAACCUCAUCAGCAAAACCAUGAGUCGCCUUCAGGAGCCACAAAGUUAGGCAGAUUGCAACUGCACUGACGCAAUUACAAGAGAAUUUUGUAUAUUGAUUGCUAUCAUGAAAAUGGUCUCAGAUCUGGAAUGUAUGAUUUUGAUACUCAAGUGCAUUAAUACAAUACAAACUAAUUUAAAAUUAUUUUUAACAAAAUAAUUCAAGCAUGCACGUGAUAAACAAUGAACAUGGCAUCUAAUGUAAAGUUAUGACUAAAUAAAUGAAGAAAUUCUUCACAUUGCAUA